AUGUCCUCAGGUCGCGUCGAGAAACGGAAACUUUCUGAUUCAUCCGAGAAACGCAAGACCCUUGCUCGUGUGAUCGAAGACCACGGUCGUGAAGUCAUGCCCUGUUCCUGGUGCUUCGACCAUUCUCUGCCUUGCCAGAUGAUGGAAGGGACGAAGAGGUGUGCCGAGUGUACCAGAAGAGGUCGGUCGUGCGACGGUACCGGUGUCCCGGUGGGCUCUCUGUCUCGGGUUUCGGCUGAAUGGAAAAGACUGAAACGGCAAGAGGAAGUGGGUGAGGAAACAAUCGAGUCCAUCUUUGAGCGUCAGCGAGCCCUUCAGAAAGAGUUCGACGAAGCCUCCGCCCGCCUUUCUCGUAUUCGCAAACAAAAACGCAACGCCCACGAGCGUUUGCAAAAGAUGGUGGCCCGAGGUUUGCAAAACCUGGACGAACUGGAGGAAAUGGAGCGAAAGGAGUCUGAGGCCGCCGCGCAGGAAUCUUCUGCGGUCCUAGAGGUGCAGGCUAACGGUGGUUUCGAUGUGAUCGACUGGAGUACCGUUGGUUUGGGCG